CUGAGCCGCCCGUAUUAAAAGUACUAGCAAAAAGCAGGAUGCGGCUGAAAACCUCAGAGGACAACGCAUAAAGCGUUGCCGAGUUCUGUUUCUUCCAUCCCACGCUGCUCCUAUGAAGUCUGUCACAGCUAUUUCUUCCUCUAUUCCUCGGCUCAACAAAGCUUUUCGAACUCUCUUCACUCACUCCACAACUACAAACCCUUGUGUUUUCCACACUCUCUCCCGAAACCUACAGAAUUCUUCUACUCUAACUUUCUCUCUCAUUGUCCAGCGGCAAUCACAUUCUGUGAAUCACAGCUUCAUUUCUUCUCAUAAGAAGCAGCCUAAUUUUGCUAUGUCCAAAUGCAUCUCUUCCAUAUCGUCCUCAGCGCACACGGUGGAUUGGAACGAUGCCGUUUCAUGCUCGGAGAUUGGGGAAACUGAGGAAUUGGCUUUGGAGCGUGAAGAGGAUGAUGAUGAUGCUAGUGCUACCGCUGUUAAGCCAUAUAUCCCUGUUAGGGCAUUUUUUUUCUCUACUAGUGUAGAUUUGAGGAGUUUAGUGGAGCAGAGCAAGCAGAAUUUCGUUCCACCUUCGUCCCGGAUGACGAACUAUGUUGUUUUAAGAUUUGGGGACACCAAGAAGGCACCCAGUGCUUUAGGUGCCAACUUAAGUGGCAGUGAUUGUUGUUACAUGGUAGUUUUUCAGUAUGGCUCAAUUGUCUUGUUUAACGUUUCUGAUCAUGAGGUUGAUGGAUACCUGAAGAUUGUUGAAAGACAUGCUUCCGGGUUAUUACCGGAGAUGAGAAAGGAUGAAUAUGAGGUAAGAGAGAAGCCAACCUUGAGCACUUGGAUGCAAGGGGGAUUAGACUACAUAAUGUUGCAGUAUAUGAAUAUAGAUGGUAUCCGAACCAUUGGCAGUGUUCUUGGUCAAAGUAUUGCUCUUGAUUACUAUGUUCGCCAAGUUGAUGGAAUGGUUGCGGAGUUUACAGACAUCAAUCGUGGAAUGGAAAAGACUGGAACUUUUACAAUGGAGAGGAAAAAGCUUUUCCAACUGGUUGGCAAGGCAAAUUCUAAUCUUGCUGAUGUGAUUCUUAAGCUAGGACUUUUUGAAAGAUCGGAUAUUGCAUGGAAAGAUGCAAAAUAUGCUCAAAUUUGGGAAUAUCUUAGAGAUGAAUUUGAGUUGACUCAAAGAUUCGCAAGCCUAGACUUUAAGCUGAAGUUUGUCGAGCAUAAUAUACGAUUCCUCCAAGAAAUUCUUCAAAAUAGAAAGUCAGAUUUCCUCGAAUGGCUCAUUAUUAUACUCAUUGGAGCGGAGAUCCUCAUUUCGGUUUAUGACAUUGCGCAUAAGUCGUCAAUUUCUCUGUAGGUUUAGCUUAAGUGUUGGAAACUUGAAAUAUGCCAUCGCACUCUAAUUAUGGCCUGACGUUUUGCUGUACAUAUGAAAUACUCAAAUAAUAUACCUAAAUGUUAUGCGGCACUUGAUCUAUCAUCUUAAUUGUAAAUGCAUGCUCAGUUUUGUCUGGCAA